CUGAGGACUUCUGUUAAAGACCUCGACUGUUCCCGCUAUGCAUCCUUGUUGGAAAUGGGAAAGCUCCAAUAUGCUGCGCUUGUGGGGACAGCAGCGUUCUUGAUAGUGACACUAGUGUGGAUGAGAAGAUAUCAGUCUACCAUGCUGUCACGCACACCCAUUGGAUACGUGGAACCGCAAGCACUUCGGCUAAAUAACACACUGAGUGUUUUUCCCUACCCGACUCUCACGAAAGAGUGUUUCUUAUACGAUAAAUUAUCUGUAGAGAAUAUAUGCUGUCAGAUGCACGACUUCCACAAGUUACCCGAUAUUUUGCAAUGCGCUGAAGAUACUUCUAAAUACUUACAUGCCAGGCAAAGUAAGAACGUGACAAAGCGGAUCCACAAGAAAUCAUCAGGAGGCACAGCAGAAGCCGCCCCAUCGAGCAGUAACCCCAUCGGACAGCAGCCUACCGUCAACUGGGCAUUCAUCGGGGACUCUCACACCCGCUACAUAUUCUGCGCCAUCUACAGCCGGAUGAGGAGCAAAGAUUUUGAGUGUCGUAUUCCAAACUAUAAAGGAAAGUGGAAAAGUGUCGAUUAUCUGCUCAACACGCUACCAACAUGUACGUACAAGGGCGGAAAAAUCGAAAUUCGUCAUGUGAAGCUGCCUUUCGUUUUAACCUUCUAUCGAGACGUUUACCUGACGGAGAUAACUAAGCUGGCUGCGAAGUGGGAUGCGAAUGAGCAUCUAAGGCCUACUUUCAUUGUAAUGAAUACAGGCAAUCACUGGAUGCGCCGUCUGGAGUCCAAAUAUGUGAAGAACGGCGUGCAGGCGGCAGGGAAAAUCUUCGAAAAUCACAUGCGAAAGAUAACGCCGGUCCUCAGAAGACUUGCUAACAAAACCACCGUUGUCUUUAAGAUGCAAGAUGAUCUCCAGACUGUGCAUCACAACGUGUCCAAAGUAGUAUCUUUUAGCACCGCAAACAUCCAGCUUUAUAACAACAUCUUCAGGCAGGUCUUGGCAGAUACUGGUGUCUUACUAUGGGACAGCACUUUACCUGUGUCUUUGGCGUACAGCCUGGAGUGCAUGAAAAACCCAAGGCACAUACCUAAAACCCUGUGGUGGAUGUGUAACGACAGAACCCACGUGGGUUACAUCCUGCUACACCAAUACGCUGACAUGGUUCUCAAUGUUGCCUGUAACAAAUACAUGGUUUCGGAACAAAAUGUGUGCCAUCACGAGGAAUCCGUGAACUUGUUACAAUAAGAAUUUACAGUGUGUAUUUAAAUAUUAUUAUUCAUUUGCUUUGUUUACAAAUAACUGAUCUUAAUAAUUCAUAAA